GCACGCAGAUCUCGGCGCCCCGAUACACACGCGCGGACGUGUCGUGUUACUGGAGUAAGUAAGCUAGCAAUGGCGCACGACCCAUCGGCGGCGACGACGGCGCAGAAGCGCAAGUACACCGAGGAGGAGGAGACGGCCGGCCUGUGCGCCAACGGCUGCGGCUUCUUCGGCGCCGCCGCCACCGGCAACAUGUGCUCCAAGUGCUACCGCGACCACGUCCACGCCGCCACCGCCGACACCGCGGCCGCGGGGAGCGUCUACUUCAUCGACCCUGCUGGCUCGACCGCGCCGCCGCCGGCGAAGAAGGCCAGGAUGACCGUCGCCGUCCCGUCCUCUGAUGGUGCGGCCGCCCCCUCCGCCGCCGUGGCGGUUGACCCCGCCGUGACGCCCGCGAAGCAGCCGGCGGUGCCGGCGAACCGGUGCGCGGCGUGCCGCAAGAAGGUGGGGCUGCUGGGGUUCCGCUGCCGCUGCGAGGGCACCUUCUGCAGCGUGCACCGCUACUCGGAGAAGCACGACUGUGGAUUCGACUACAAGGCCGCCGGCCAGGAGCAGAUCGCCAAGCACAACCCCCUCGUGGUUGCGGACAAGAUGACCGGAAGGAUCUGAAGCCCACAGGAAACCACCAGAUCAACAAUGAACCGACCAAGCAGUUAGUCAUGGCGUCUUCGAGGAUAGAAUCGAUCAAACUUCUUUGUAUUUGCUAUAGGCCUUGGAACGUGUAAAUAUUAGUUUAGGCUUCGGAGAUAUCGAAAUUUUGUAAAUAUUAGUUUAGAGUUUAGAUUUCGGAGAUAUAGGAAUUUGUACCGCGAG